AUGCCCAGCCACGGCGCGAGUGCCUCAGCCUCGGCUCUCCCGAGAACUGGAAAGCUCGCAGCCAACACCGCAGAGCAACUUCCAAGCACCAAUGCGACAAGCGAGAUCGCCCUUGAGCGCCUCGCCGAGCACUUCCACGAGAGCCUCGAGGUCGCAGCGGCCAAGUUCGGCAUCGGCAAGUCGACGAUCAUCGGAAGCUGGUGUGCAGGCAACUGGGAGGCAGUAAGGGAAGACAUCGAACGGGCCACAUUGGAGGCCAGAAGAGUCUUCGACGGGCACGAAGGGGAGCGGAUCAUCGGAUGGUACUCGGUUAUCCGACUCUCCGACUGGCUCGGAGAUCCGAUGAUGCCGUACGGAGCGAAACACUUCGCAAUCUCUCCCCCGGGUUUGAACCCGUUUGAUCACGACGAUUGUGAAGGGGUGGAGGAUAUGAGAUAUGAGGUAGCCAUAGACAAGUUGGCCAUAAGGGACCGUCUGAAGCAGUACCUGUUCAACUGUUCCCAUGUACCUCAUCCCCAAGAUGCGCAGCUUUCCUCCAACACGGCAGCAUCCAGACCUGACAGCCUGAACCCCCUGAAAGAAGAGAUUGCUCAUGCCAUCUCUGACCGCAUCCCAGUCAAGAAGAUCGCUGCCAUGGUUAACGACCAGAUCCUGCAUAUCCGGGAAGAAUGCACGAGAGCGGUAGACAGACACUCAGUACAAGUUGCGGACGUGAGGGAAGGAGGGGGGAAUAACAGGAAGACAAUCAACAAGUCUAUGGAAGCAAGUAGCGAAAAUGGUGAGGAGAGCGCCGGGCCUGCAAGUUUGAUGGAUGUGUCGGAGUACAUGGCGAAGUUGAGCGACAUGGGGCUUGUUCCAGACGUCAUCGACGAGGAGGGGGCAGUUCAGCUGUUUUCUCGUCGAGUAGCUGAGAAGCACGGAGAUCAGAUCUCCCAGGAGGAUUUUGAGAUGCUGGUGAACAUGAUGGUUGAGGACAAGAGCUCCAUGAUGGACGAGGCGUACGCACGACAAGUAGCGCAGGCGGAGAUGAAUCACAGACAAACUCCCGUCGCAGUAGCAGGAGACAUGUCUAUUCACGCCGUUGGAGAUCGGCACGAGCUUGUCAGAGAGAGAAACAGAAGUACUGAGUUGUCUCCCUUUGCUGUCGUUAUGACUGCCUUGUUCGCGUGCAACAUAGGAAUCCAAGAGCGAAGAAACGCGAGGAGAGAGCAGUCGGAGAAGCUUCGAACGGAGGCGAUGCAGGAGGAGCUGAGGGAGAAACACCUGAGGAUGAAAUCGAUCUUGAAGGCUGUGAAGUCCGGCGAUCUCAAUGCAACGAGUGAGCUGGAGGUUCUCCUGGCUGACGAUCUGUCAGAGUGA